AUGAAAAAAGUAGAAGAGGAUAAUUUCGUUAAAGACGAACCAUGUCGUGCGAUACUGCUUCAGACUUCGUCAACUUCAGCUAGUUCUCAUUCACCUGUUAUUGCUGUUAAUAUGCAUUCAAGUCACGUGAUCCGUAAAUCAUGCAUUUGUUAUCAUGAUUCUAGUGAUGCUGAUAUCUUUGAUGGUAAUUACCAAAGUGGCGACGAUUAUAACGACGCUGUUGAUACUGAAAAAAUAAAAAUGCAGAGCCAAACUGAUGGGCAUAUAUUCCAAUCAGCCAAUCAUUAUUUACAAAUUGAUCGGAAUUCAAUUAAUAUUCUAUUAAAAGUUGCUGCUGCCGUGGUUUUGUUGUGUAUUGCGGGUUGUUUAGUUCUUCAGCAUUUGAGAAUUAAUCGACUAGAUUACAGAAUUCGAAGGUUUGAGGUUGAUUCUGCGUUUUCUAUACAGGUUAGUAUUAUCUCUUCGUAUGUUAUUUUUGUACCAUUACAUCUGUACACAAUGCAUUUCAAAGCUGUAAAAUAA